AUGACAACUAGGUCGUCGGGGAGGAGGAAAACGCGGUACCUCAGCCUCCGCCGCCGCCUGGCAGCUGCUUCCUCCGCUGCGGCGCCGCCCAUGAAGCCCGCCGCCGCAUCUUCCACGCCGUCAAGCUGCGAUGAUACGCGGCCGCCACCGUCUCCGUCGGAUCAUCAGCAGCAGCAGCUGGAUCUCUUUCCACUUCAUCCCACCGCCGGUCAUCCUGACGAUCCCCAAGAUGACCACCUCUCUCGCUUCUUCCCCAACGACGACGCCGUCACCAUCCACUCCCUUCUCGGCUCCCCCUCCGCCGCCGCCGCUGCCGCCGGCGGCAACUCGUCCUCCUCGGCCCUGUCGGAGGACCCGCUGUCCCCUUCCUCCUCCUCUGCCAACUACUCCGCCUGCUCUUCCUCCUACGGCGGCGGGCUCGCGAGGGCGGCGCUGCGGGGGAGGGAGAGGUGGGCCACGGCGGAGGAGGAAGGCGACGUGGCCAGCGGCGGCGGCACCGAUCUAUUGUCCAGUGUCUCACGGCGGCUCUCUCUUAAACUCGACUACGACAGGGUUCUCAACGCCUGGCCCGACCAGAGCCCUCUCUACGUGGAGGAGGAGGCGCACCAAGUUGUUCCUGAUCUCCACCACACCGCCGCCCCCCUCCAUUAUUCAGCGGUGAGCCCCUCGCACCUCGUCGCCUCCCCGUCGUUGACUCUGAUGUUGACCUCUCCGCCAGCACUAUAUUCCUAUAUUUUAAAUUUUAUAUUAUAACUUCGAGUUACCUCUUGUCCGAUUUCGCCACCCAGGAGAAUGAGGAAUAUUUUCCGAAUAUUAAACCAGGGUUGUGGCGGAAAUACAUAUCUCAUCAGGGUGUUUUUCUAUAUCUUCAAGAUAUUUAGGGACAGCUCCCUUAAUGCUCCCGCUCAGAUCCACCGACCACCAUCGUACGGGCCACAUAUACUCCAGCAGAAAUAAAUCACAGCCGUCCAUCCAUACCCCACCAGUCGGAAGGCCGCAAAGAAGGGUCCGACUCUGUCGGUUGCUCGAGCACGAGCGGAUCCUACGUGCGAGCGUCGCUUUCUUUGCGCUGCAGGAUAGUUAAAGUUCUGACGGUCGAUCGUGCCUCUGUUGCAGGUGUUCGUCGACGUGGCGGGAUGCGGCGGCGGAGCGGGCCUCUGGACGGUCCCCGACGGCGGCGGCAGCGACGCCGCCGGGGAGGAAAAGCCGGUGGAGCUCCGGGAAGACAGGGUGGCGCGGGUGAUGCGAUACAAGGAGAAGCGGCGGCGGCGGCUGUACGAGAAGCGGAUCCGAUACGAGGUCCGCAAACUCAACGCCGAGAAGCGUCCCCGAAUCAAGGUAAGUCCUGACCGACCCGAACCCGGAAGAAUCUGACGUGAUACGGCUGCUCACACGUGUUGGCUCCAUUUCUUUCAGGGCCGCUUCGUGCGGAGGGACGAGGACUCGUGA